AUGCGUGUCCUCGCAGCAUACUGGAAGAGUAAAUUCAAAAUUACUGCUCCAGGACUUCGCAAAAAUGGAUACCGCCCCAUGACCCAGCUCCAGACCCAGAUAGCUGCUUUUAAUCAUAGCAAGGAAGAUUCGGGACAAUUCGGAGAGAGGAUCGACGGCGUUGAAGAGUUUCGAAAGGCUGCCGAACGCAUGGAAGGCUCGCGUGACGUCGGGGCCCAGCUAUUCACGGCGUUACUUCGUGCGCUUUCAAUUGAAGCUCGACUCGUAGCUAGCUUACAGCCUUUAGGCUUCGGUUGGACCAAAGCAGAGUCAUACACCGCUCCCAAGUCGAAAGAAAAACCGCAAGCCACAGGGAACCCAGAAACCGACGACGAAAGCUCUGCUACUCGCGACGAAGAUGAGAAGGACGAAGAAGAGGCCAAGCCAUCUCGUGGGCGCAAGAAUACUCCGCGAUACGACCAUGACCUCCCUUUUCCUAUCUACUGGACAGAGGUGAUUUGCUACGUCGUUGCCUUCUCAGCCGAUAAAAGCGCCAAAGAUGUUACCACUCGGUACCUCCGCCGACGGACAUGGCCUGGAAAGACCAAAGGAUUUCGACUUGGGAAGAAGGGCCCUGAUGACGACCCCUCGGAUUGGUUUCGUGCUCUUAUGCGUGUCUACGCACGGCCGUACAAAGACCGCACCGCCGUUGAUGAUAUUGAAGAUGCUAAAGACCUGACUCCAAACCGACCUACCAAGAGCAAACCCACCACCGAGACCGUUGAUACCCUUCAAAGUUUACGAACAUCCACCGAGUUCGUCUUAGAACGGUUUCUCCGCCGUGAAGAAGCUCUCCGACCAGGCUCUCAACCCGUUCGCACCUUUACCCCUGGUGGGAAGAACAAAGCAAAGGCCAAGGGCACUGAAACCCCCCAGACAGAAAACGUCUACCGCCGCUCCGACAUCGUCAAAUGCCAAUCCGCCGAAAGCUGGCAUAAGGAAGGCCGCGAACCCCGCGAAUCCGAAAUCCCACUCAAACGCGUCCCCAUCCGCGCCGUAACCCUCCUCCGUAAACGCGAGGUCGACGAGCAAGCCCGACUGACGGGACAAAAACCCCUCCAAGGACUGUAUUCUAUUGAACAAACCCAGGAAAUCAUUCCGCCGCCGAUCGUCGAUGGCAUUAUUCCAAAGAACGACUACGGCAACAUCGACUGCUUCGUCCCGCGCAUGGUCCCCGAGGGUGCCGUACACAUUCCAUUCCCCGGGACCGCGCGCGUCUGCAAGAAGCUAGGUAUUGAUUACGCCGAGGCCGUCACGGGAUUUGAAUUUGGCUCACAGAUGGCUGUCCCCGUCAUCCAGGGCGUCGUCGUCGCAAUCGAGAAUAAGGAUCUCGUCAAGGACGCCUGGCGCGCCGAGAAUGAAGAAAAACGCAAGAAAGAGCAGCGCAAAGCUGAAGCUAAAAUCCUCCAGACAUGGCGCAAGUUCUUAUUCGGGUUGCGCAUUGCUCAACGCGUGCAAGAGGAGUAUGCCCAAGAUGAAACCCAUUACUUGCCUGACGCUCAUAACCCAUUUGCGAGCCGGAGAAUGCCAACUCAAGCUAAGACUCAGACGCCGACGGAGCAUCCCGCUGGACUGGUCGAUGAGGACGAAGGGCAGCGCCAGGAGUACGACGUUGACCGUGGCGGCGGGUUCCUCCUUGGUGGCCAUGACGACAACGAUACUGGAGAUUUGGUAGUAGAAGAGAGACAGCCUCCCCUCAGGCGGCGUCCGAACAUCUCUCGAGAUGAGUCUCCUAUUCCUUCUGUAGACGAAGAGCCGGAGCCUUCUUUGGAGUCUAGCGAGGAGGAUUCGCCUCCGCCGCAAAAGCGCAGGCGCACUCGGAACACGAAUCGGCGUGAAUAA